CUGAGAGAUUGGUUUGGUUGAGAGUGGCGGCUAAAUAAACUCCAGGGGUCCAGGAUCAUGUUCCCCCAGAAAAUUUUGGAACAAAAUGAGACCUCGGUCUAACUACCAGCAACAACUGUUUCAAGCCACAUAACCGGCGAUUGUGAAUAUUUAAUAUGUCAUAAACUUUUUCUUUGGAGUGGCUUAUCCCCUUUUUUUUACUUUUUUAAAGACUAGAUAACCCCUGGCCCCCUAACCCCCCCCCCCCACCCCUCCUGGUUCCACCGGCCAUGUUAAUCAUAAUAUCACAUAUGUGAUGUAAAUGCAGUUUUAGUGGGCACCAGUGGUGGACACACAGUAAUUCCAACCUAGCUUCCCCAUUGAGCUCCCCUCCACGCACAAGGCCCGCAAAAGAAAAGGCAGCAGACCUCGUCCCUGAUUUUACCGGGGGGGAGAAGCACGACUGUCGAUGUGUACAUUCCUCAAUGCCAAAUAUCAUAUAUCCUGUGGUCAAGACGACAGUGUCAACACAGCAAGCGAUCAUAGAUCGUGAGAAAAGUUUAUACUUCUACACUAACUGGCUGCCAUGCCUAACUCAGAUAAUACUGCUCCAAUUCAGACGUUCAUUUAUCCAGUUGGCGACAGCUACACAGGCACAUGGGACGACGAGGGCAGAAAACAUGGUGUUGGGAAACUAAAUUUGACUAAUGGCUCGUUCUAUGUAGGACAAUUUCAACACGGUUUAUGCUCUGGUUAUGGCGUAUUAAAACUACCUGAUGGAGCUCGAUAUGAAGGCGAGUUUAUCUACGGUAAAUUUCACGGAGUUGGUGUCUACACUCGUACAGAUGGAAUGAAAUUUGAGGGUGAAUUUUUCGAAGGAGACGUACGUGGUUUGGGUUUGCUGACUUUUCCUGAUGGUACUCAUGGUAUUCCAAGAAAUGAAGGUAGAUUUGAAGGAACUAAAUUCUUGGGACAUGCAAAAGCUGAAACAAUCGUAACCAAAGCAAGGGAAGCUGCUGUUAAAGCUUAUCAGUGUUCUGAUCCUUGAUAAAAAGAAAUUAGGAACAUGCAUAUUUUUCAUAGCAAAUCAUAUUUCGAUAUUUGCAUAUUUAAUUAUUAAUAUGAUUUUGUACAUGUUAUAUUUUAAUCAACCUAUUAAUGUAAAUGGGGUGGGGGUUUGGCUUGAACACUAAAUAAUCUGGCUUGGCUGUCAGGAAUUUGAACAUCAAUGUGAUCCCAGAGGGUGGGAAAGGGGGGGGGGGGUGUAUGGGUAACGUUUCAGAACGAAAAAAAGAAGCUGUUUUACAAUUCACAUGUCUUAAAAAAGCAAUUUCACAUUUCACUAAAAACUGGAUUCUAAUAAAAAUAAUAUAAUAAUAAUAGGUUUAUUAAGAGUAUUUUAAUGCAAAAAUUGGUACAGCAGCCAGGCAGUUAAAAACUACAUUGCAAUUUACAAGGUUGAGUGAUGAGAACGUCCGACAACCUCCAAAAUUCGAAAGACGGCUCCGAAGUUUUUACUCUUGUGCAAUCAAGUGAGGUCGAUUAUUAUCGCCUAUUAUGUCUAUUAUGGCCUCGAUUAUGGCUAUUAUAAAAUAAAUUGAAAAAAAAAAACAAAGCAAAAUCACAGUUUACGAAACAGACACCCUUAAUUCUCAUUUCACAGAGCAUUAUUAUCAACAAUGGAAUCACGCCUCAUUGCUGUAGAACAAAUCACAUUUCACGACACUAAAAUGAAACAUUGCACACAAACAAAUAUCUUCUUUCCCACCCUCAUUCCAGUCUUUGCCAUACCAUUUUUAUUUUGUGCCACUUAGGGGCUGUUUACAUGAGCCCAGCUGGCCCAGUUAACCAGGCUGAAACUUUACCAAGCCAAAUAUGGUGGGGGAAAGUUGUUUACUUGUUAUAAUACUGUAAGGUUUGUCACGCAAGUUAAAUGCACAUUUUAUAGAGCUAUUUUUCGAUUUAAAACUAUCUAAUCGACAAGAACAACUUAAGAAAUAAAUAUUAUAACUAUUUAAAUUGUCCAAAAAAAUACUAAUUCAAAUUGAUAUUGUAGUUUGUACAGAUGUUUUUUUGCCAGACGAUUACCCAGGCUGAUGACUUUACAUGGGAGUCCCUUUUCCAAGUCCAAGCGAGAUCUCGGCUAGGCGGGCUGGCCUGGUUUACAUGUAAACUAAAAUUGUUUUCUUAAGGGAUUUGUACUAAGCCAGGCGCCUCAGUUAACCAGGCCAGCCAGGCUCACGUAAACAUGCAGCCCCUUAGUGCUUUUUAAAAUUUUUUUUUAUUGUUUUAAAUUUUUUUCACUAUUCGAACAUGGUUUUGCAAAACCAUAUUGAAACUGUAAUGGCAUUGAGUUGCUUAACCCAAUCAGAGCCAGCAAACUCCCCUCUGGCUAAUUAGACAAAUUAAGUUGCAUUGCACCCCAAUGUGCCCUAGCUACUUUAUUAUUUUACUCUGUCUAAACACCAGAUGAUUUUUCUCCUCAGGGGCAUGGGUUAAUUUAUUCAGAAAUAAUGGCACUCCAUAUCAUAUUUAAAAAUAGGUACGCUAAGCGUACAUGUAUCUGCUCAUAUUAAUACUCAGUAGCUUGUAAAAAUAAACUAGAAAUACUUGCAUGCAAUAACCCCUCGCUUAUAUUCUCCAAACAUUGUUUCAACAUGAAGUAUAUUCGUGAUUACGCCAACAUUGAACGCAAGCUCGCGUUGCACGUCAUGUUUGUCAUGGCAACACGAUAAUUUUAAAAAAUUUUUUUGGUACAAACGUCAAAC